AUGGCCGAGCCAUUAGGACGGAGUGUCGCACGACCGCGGAUAGAGGACCUAGAGCGCGCCGAGGUCGACGACCGCUCGUAUCGCAUAAUCACAUUGUCGAACCAGCUUGAGGUUCUGCUGAUACACGAUGCGACCACCGACAAGGCCAGCGCUGCCAUGGACGUCAACGUUGGGAGCUUCAGCGAUGCAGAGGACAUGCCAGGUAUAGCGCAUGCCGUGGAGCACUUGCUGUUCAUGGGCACGAAGAAGUACCCAGAAGAGAACAACUACAACAAGUACUUAACGUCAUAUUCGGGCCACUCGAACGCAUAUACGGCAUCCACCUCCACGAAUUACUACUUUGAGCUCGCUACCUCUAAAUCUACGCCUUCGAACAGCAACAGUGCCACGCCCAGCGCGACACAGGAGCACUUGCCGAUAGAUAAGGAACAGUCACCUCUCUGGGGAGCCCUCGAUCGUUUUGGUCAAUUUUUUAUAUGCCCUCUGUUCCUGGAAGAUACCGUGGACCGUGAGAUCAAAGCUGUUGACUCAGAGAACAAAAAGAACCUCCAGAGUGAUACCUGGAGGUUACACCAAUUGAACAAGAACCUUUCCAAUCCGAAGCAUCCGUAUAACCACUUUUCCACUGGUAGCUGGAAGACGUUGCACGAUGAGCCCAUUGCGCGGGGUGUUCAGAUUCGGGAUGAAUUUAUAAAGUUCCAUGCUACGCACUACUCGGCGAACAGGAUGAAGCUCGUUGUGUUGGGCCAGGAGAACUUGGACACUCUGGAAGAAUGGGUAGAAGAGAUCUUUUCGAAAGUACCAAACAAGGACCUGCCGAGAAAGCGAUGGGACGAUGUAUCGGUGUAUACGGAUAAGGAGCUGCUCAUCCAGACAUUUGCAAAGCCAGUCUUUGAGUCAAGGUCGCUGGAACUUUCGUUCUUGUAUCGUGACGAGGAAGAGUUCUACGAGUCGCACCCGUCGCGCUAUCUUAGCCAUCUGAUCGGUCAUGAAGGUCCCGGUAGCAUUCUAGCUUACAUCAAGGCGAAAGGUUGGGCGAAUGGUUUAGGUGCUGGAGGCUCGUCUCUCUGCCCUGGUAGCGGUAUCUUCAACAUCAGUCUCAAACUGACGGAAGACGGCCUGCAGCAUUACAAGGAGAUCGUAAAGAUAAUCUUUCAAUACAUUGCUAUGAUCCGCGAGUUGCCGCCCCAAGAAUGGGUCGUCGAUGAGCAGAUCAAAAUCAGCGAAGUUGGCUUCCGCUUCAAGCAAAAGAGCCCACCAAGCAGGACGACUAGUGCACUGGCCUCCGUCAUGCAGAAGCCUUACAGCCGCAAAGAGAUUUUGAGUGGGCCUUCGGUCAUCAAGAAGUUCGAUUCGCAGCGCAUCAGCGAGGCCAUGGAAUACUUGCGACCCGACAACUUCAGGAUGACAAUUGUCAGCCAGGAGUUCCCGGGAGACUGGCCGGAGAAAGAAAAGUGGUACGGUACCGAAUACAAGGCCGAAAAGAUUCCUCAAGAUUUCGUAGACGAGGUCAGGCAAGCCUUCCAGGACAAGGCGCGACCUGAAGAGCUACACUUCCCGCACAGAAACGAGUUUAUUCCCAACCGAUUGGACGUGGACAAGAAGGAGAUUGAGAAGCCUGCGACACAGCCGAAACUCAUUCGGAACGACGACGCUGUGCGGUCAUGGUGGAAGAAGGACGACCAGUUUUGGGUACCCAAGGCCAAUGUGCAUAUUCACCUUCGCACUCCGAUGACUUACGUCACGCCAAGGACAGCCGUCCUGGCUUCGCUGUAUGCAAGCUUGGUUGACGAUGCGCUGGUAGAGUACUCCUAUGAUGCAGACAUCUCCGGUCUGGUGUACGGCUUCAGCACCCAUGCGAGUGGCUUGUCAGUCUCUGUAUCUGGCUAUAAUGACAAGCUGCAUGUCUUGCUAGAGAAAGUCCUCUUGCAAAUUCGGGAUCUCGAUAUUAAAGAAGACCGUUUCAAGAUCGUGAUGGAUAAGACGAGCCGUAGCUUCCGCAACUGGCACUUCGGCCAGCCAUUCCACCAGGUCGGCACGUACUCUCGCUGGUUCCGCGUUGACAGCGCUUUCAUGAAUGAUGAACUCGCGCAAGAGCUAGACACCAUCACUGCACAGGAAGUACAACAAUUCUUCCCACAGGUCCUCUCUCAAUGUCACAUUGAAAUUCUGUCUCACGGGAACUUAUACAAGGAAGACGCACUCCAGCUCACCGAUCUUGUUGAGAAGACCAUCAAACCGAAAAAGCUCCCUCCGAGCCAAUGGCCGAUUGAGCGAAGCCUGAUUCUACCGGAAGGCAGCAAUUUCAUCUACUCACAACCGCUCAAAGAUCCUGCCAAUGUAAACCACUGCAUUGAAUAUACGCUUUACCUAGGGAACCGCAUGGACGACGCUCUUCGCGCGAAGCAAUUCAUCCUUGCGCAAAUGGUCGACGAGCCAGCAUUCAACCAGCUGCGCACCAUCGAGCAGCUCGGUUAUGUCGUCUUUAGUGGCUCUACCGCCGGCAUCACCUACGCUGGGUUCCGCAUUUUGAUCCAGAGCGAGCGGGACUGCGGAUAUCUGGAGGGCCGUAUUGAUCACUUCCUAACCAAGUUCGAAACGACUUUGCAGGAUAUGAGCGACGAAGAGUUUGAGAAACAUAAGGGUGCUGUUAUCUCCAAGAGAUUGGAGACGUUGAAGAAUCUCGGGCAAGAAGGGAACAGGUUCUGGAAUCAUAUGUUCAGGAAUACGUAUGACUUCUUGCAAUCUGAAAACGACGCCGCCCAAGUCUCCACCAUCACCAAAGACGACAUGAUCGCCUUCUAUGCGCGUCACAUCUCGCCCUCCUCGCCUCACCGCGCCAAACUCUCUGUCCACCUCACCGCGCAGUCUAAGCCCAAAGAGCCCACCCUCGACGAGACGAAGACACAAGCCCUUGCUGUGCUGCAGACCAUUGCAAAUGAGGAGAAGACUUCCGUGGAUGCUGGAAAGCUUCAAGCACGCUUGGAAGGAGUCGACGAGGCAUCGAAGCUGCCAAGCGCGAUAUCAGCGCACCUCGCGGAAGAUCAAAAGUUGAGCAAAGAGGAGGUUGCCAAGAUCGCCGACGAGGCAGCCGCGGCAUUGGGUCUUGCAGAGAGCGGCGUAGGCGAGGUUAAGCCUGCUGAAAAGGUGGACAUUCAAGAGUCGGAUGCGAAGCAACCCAUCAUCAUUACUGACGUGCGCGCUUUCAAAGCUGGACUGUUCGCGAGCACUGGCGCGAAACCUGUACGCAAUCUUGAGGAAUUCAUGGAGGACGCGGCGAAGCUAUGA